CGCCUUUAAACAGCUGAUAGGGGUCGAUAGUUUGAGAAAAAUAAAGCCUCCUAAUAUCGAAGUUCUAUAGGGCCCGAGGUCACCAGACAAAUAACGCCACCUGAUAUCAAUGAUAAUUUGAUUGAAUUUUAACCCAUUGUCGCGAUGUUAUUGCCGCCAGAUUGUUGGGAACACGAUAUAAUCAAUUUGGAGCAACAGCUUAAGCAUUUCACCAGCAGCAUCAGCAGUUAACCAGCCCCUCACAGCACAACAAAGCGUAACAAAAAGAAGCAGAAACAUCAAAGUAGUGCCCAGCCAGCAGCUACCAAAUAUUUAUAUUAGAUUUUCACUUUCCGGCUGGAAGUGCGCUCAUUUUUUUGUUUUGUGAUUAUUUUGGCUGCUCCCACACACUCUCACACACACACAAUCGCAUACGGUGAUUGCGCAAUUCCAGUGGAACGAGUGCGGUGGUGUGCGGUGUGUGUGCGUGCGUGUGUGUAAACAACAAACGGACGAAAACGAAAAGGAAACAACGGGAAUUGAUUAGAACGAGUGGAGCUUUUGAUGGGCAACUCGCAACCACGGUGCACGAGCAGAAGCCGAAGGACAUCGCAGUGGCCACAAGGAACAGCGGAGCAAGGAGCCACAGCCACCGAUCAUCAUUAUCAGGAGGAGGAACAACACCAGGAGCAGCAGCAGCAGCAGCAACCGCCGCCGCCGCAGCAGCAGCAACAGGAACAGCAGGAUCAAGCAAACCCUAGGAGAAUCCAGUUCCAGACACAAACAAAUCUUCAAACACAAUCGAAUCCUCCAGGCGAGGUGGAACAGCCCGUACAAUCACAGCAGCAACAGCUUUCCACCUGGAGUCUUGGCAGUCUUAGCGGUGGACGACUCAACUGGAGCUUCUCCGGGGCACGCAAUUCAUUUCGUCAUCGAAACAAGGCGACGCGGAAGAGUUUGACUUCACUUCAUGCCUCUCGUCGAGGCAAGACACAGUGGCACCGUCCUUUGACCAACUCAAUCUUCAAUUCGCACUUCAAAGAGUCCAGCCGUAACGAUCUGUACCAAAUCGAGCAUCUGGUGGCCAAGGGAGCUUUCGGUGUGGUCUUUAAGGUUUGCAAUAAGAGGGACAACAGCCAGUGCUACGCCUUAAAAGUGCUGAAGAAAUCAAAGCUCAUUGAGGACAACAGUGUAAGGCAGAUUAAGGACGAGGCAGAUAUACAGAAGGUGUGCGGUCAUCAUCCGUUUAUCGUGAAGCAAAUUGAUCUGUGGCAGAACCGCCACAACCUCCAUAUUCUAUCGGAGUACGUACCCAACGGUGAAUUGUUCUCAAAAAUAACUCACUUCUCCAUUGAUCUGGUUCGACUGUAUAUUGGCGAGAUAGCACUUGCUUUGGAUUUCCUGCAUAACGCUGGGAUUAUAUAUCGUGAUGCCAAGCCGGAGAACAUCCUGCUAACGGAACAGUUUCACAUAAAGCUUACCGACUUCGGCCUUAGCAAGUGGCUCAAACUGGGGGCCAACACGCGCACCAUGUGUGGCACUUUCAAAUACAUGGCACCGGAGAUUCUGUGCGGGGAACCUUAUGGCCAUGCGGUGGACUGGUGGGCCUUGGGCGUUAUUGCCUGUCAGAUGCUGACACAGAAGUCACCUAACAUAAAACGUCACCUGUUGCUACGUCGUCGAGAGAGUUCGGAACCAGAUGACGUUUUGUCCAAUGCUCCAUCCAUUGCCCAGAUCAAUGGUUGCCUGCAGGACAGUGAUGCCGACAACGAAGACUUUCUGCCGGAGGAGGUCCAGCAGCUCUCCCACGAGGGCAGGGAUGUCCUUCGCAAGCUACUAACCAUAGAGCCGCGUCAGCGCAUCCGCAGUGUGAUGGCACUUCAGAGGAUUGCCCUCUAUAAGGGCUAUAACCUGACCUCCAAGCAGCUUAUUAGUCUCUCUCCACGAGAUAUUAUAGCAAGAGAUGGAAUCAGGAUCUACGAGGACAGACAGUACGACCAGGUAACAAGCCAGUGUGCUAUCGAUGCAUUCCUGGACUUCUAAAAAGCGAAUAGGAAACGGAAACGGAAACGGAAGCCAUCCACAACGAAAUCACAAGAACAAAAUGUUCAGCCAUAAACAAUUUCCAAUUUUUUCGGUAUUAUUUAAACUUUAUCUUUCCAUUAAACUUAUAAAUUCCUACAAAUUAUGUUAACUCAAUUAGCUAAAGGCUUUAAUUUGCAUGUAAACUUCUUUGAAAGUGAACAAAUUUUUUAUUAAAUGUUAAAGUAAUUAUACAGAAAUUAUAUUUGCAAUUAUGGUCAAAGGUUAUAGUGAUAAAAUUAACAAAAAAAAUUGAUUACUAAUCCAGCAAUAUAUAUGCCACUUUUUUAUAGAACUUUUUGUUUUCUUUUUAUUUAUUUUCGUGCUCAAGUUGUAAUUUAAAGAAAAGA